GUCGUAAUGUGGCCCUAAAGGAGAACGCAACACAAAGUUCUACACAUAACUUUCGCGAUAUUAGGAACUCUGCAGACAAAGCUGUGGAUGGCAACACAGAUCAAAAUUUUGGACGCUCGAGCUGUACACAUACAGCCAUCUACGUCAAUAAGGAUGGCCAUAUCCCGACAUGGACUUUGCGCUUCUCAAGACAACGUAGUGUCCAUAGAUACGUCAUAUACAAUAGGGCGGAUAAUUGCAUACGGCGAAUUAUGGGAUUCAAACUGGAGAGUUUUGACGCAUUAAACCGGUCAGUGUUUGUGUAUAGAGACAGCAGCCCAAACCCUAAGUCGAUUUACACAAUCAGUCACCAGCCCCUGGAUAUUGGGAUGAUAGUUGUGUCGAUUACCAACUCAGACUUGGUACUCACACUAUGUGAGGUCGAGGUCUAUGGAGAUUCUGUCUGCGAUGCUUGGCACUACGCGCGUGACUGUGAACUGGAAUGCUAUUGUCCCUACGGCGACGCCUGUUUUGUGGGCACUGGUUGGUGUCCUAACUGUCCUGCUGGCUUCUUCGGUCUCCGGUGUUUAAGUA